AAAUUUUAGCUAAGCAACACCUUCCUUUUCAAGUCCUCACGGAAAAGCACCUUCAUUAAACACAAGCUGAACUUGAAGAAAACAGAGGCCUGUAGCUGAAGACUCCAUGUCUUACUGAGGAGCUGAGAUGCUGCAUAGACUCAAACUGGGUGUCCUGCUGCAGUGGCUGAUUCUCUUCCUGUUAACUCCGGCCUACAAAGCCUCGUCCCUGGGCCUCACAGUGCAUGUUGUGCCUCUCGAGGAGAAUGGAGGGAAAACGGUUCGGGCUCAUUUUAGCGUCAUUACUCCCUCUCCUUGUCCUGAUUUGUUAGCAGUCUGUGCAGCAGGAGAGGACUGUCAGGCCCACCGCACCGCUCUACCUUUCAGCUACACCAAACCCAGCCCCGCAUGGUGUGUCCGCCAGUGGCAAAAAACCAUACCUAGCAAUUACAAUGCUUUUCUCAAAUUAGGAUUCCAGACAGAGUUUUACGUCUCAAUAAAUGCAGACCCAAAGAUUCGGGCAAAUAAUGGAAAACUCAACAGGCCUCCUUUUGUGGCUCUCCCUCCUCCACUGAGGGCCAGUGUGAACUGUCCCGUUGACUUCCACAUCUCAACAAAGGAUCUGGAUGGGGACAAAGUCCGGUGCCGCUUUGCUCGUGCCGACACUGGAGAGUGCCGGGACUGUUUACCUCACAGUUUCCUGGAACUGGAUGAGGCGAGCUGCACUCUGACAUUCACUGGAAAAGCAGCUGCAGGACAAUACUUCAUCUACUUAAUGGCUGAGGACCUGAUUCCCUCGCCUCCAACGAGACAGCUUUUGAACAAUUCUCCCCUCAGCUUUGUUCCUGUGCACCUCUCUCUCACUGUGGAGGAGUCGGCUUCAGGCUGCAGUUAUAACCCCCUGGUCCUUGAUGGGACCCCAGAGAGAGACUCUGUGCAGUUCGUCCUGCCUUUUCAGGAGGUGAAAUUCAAUGCUAACUACAAGUCUGACCAGGAGAGUGUUUUGGAGAUAGCGGUGGUCGGCCCCCCUGACCUGUACAGAGUUGGCUUUGCAUCCAUCAGCAACCUGGCGAAACUAACUAUGGCCUGGAUCCGCUCUGAAAACAACCUGACCCAGCUUUUGCCUGUCUGCUUUGUUGCAAACACCAAGAGUUUUCAGUCACAGCUGCGAUGCACGUGGCUGUACCAAAGGGAAAUGAGGACUCUGCCUGAUGGAACUGAGCUGAUGUGUAAUCAGACAGAGAUGUUUCUGCUGCUUCCUGUCAGCUCCCUCACCAACGUCAACCUGGAUGAAUUACAGCUCAACAGCCCCACCUGUCCUGUCACCCACAACAGCACACACUUGACUGCACACAUACCAUUAGGUGGCUGUGGGACAACGGCUGUGCACUCUGGCACAGAAUUAGUUUAUACCAACACCUUGAAAAGUGUGCAUCACACCAUGAUCAGCCGCCGGCCCUCGCUCAUCCUCCCUCUGGCCUGCCGGAUCCCAGGAGUGCAGGUCAAAGGGCCGCGGUAUGCUGUCAGUAUGCCAACAGAGAGGGAGACUUUUGGCGAGGUUUUGGUCUGGUUAGAGUUUCACCUUCCAGGACAAGGGCCUUUGGCACGACUCACAUCCACUCCCAGGUUUCGUUCCAAUAUCUUAUCAUCUUCAAGAUUUCGUCGAGAGACAGGUUCAGGAAGCAGCACCUCCAAUAGCAGCACUCAAGCUGGUGUCCAGCGUGACGAAAUGGUCAAGCAGUUGGACCUGUAUGUGAUGUCUAACUGCAGUGUUGAUCGAGCUGAGAUGAUAGUGACAAACUGUAUGGAAUCUGAGACGGAGGACUUUACAGACAGCCAUCCUAUCAUGGAAAAAGGGUGCAUAAUGUCCAACAACACACUGGAGAUUAUUACAGAACAAAAGACCUUCAAGAUUUAUCGUCUGGAUAUAAACAAAAUGGCAGUCUCUGGAACAAAGAUGUAUAUUGAAUGCAAAAUCAACCUGUGCAUUGCCACCUUGCACUCUGAUACAUGCCCCGAUCUGUGUAGCAACUCAAGCAGUUCUAGCAUGCUGGUUCGCAGCGUAUUCACUAGCACAUACUCUGUCCGCUCUGGGCCUGUGAGUCUCUUGGUCGCUGAUUUUAUGAACAGAAAUACCACUGCAACCGAUCUUCCUCCAAGUAAUGCUAGCCCAACUACUGGGCUAACCUCCUCCCAACAAGCUACUACGCCAGGAAGUACUCUGCCAGCUUCUCAAAUUCCCAAUGUAAUCAGUACAAAUACUACUGCAUCUCAAGCUCCAGAAGUGGCCACAUCCAGGAUAACUGGUGUGAUCCUAAUGACUAUCGCCAUGUUUCUCCAAAUGACCAUCCUUCAAUAAAAAAGCUGCUGGACAAAGACCUGUCAGACAACGAAGCACAGCAUGUUUUUGUUACGGAACUUUGGGAGAUAAAAAAAACUGCUCCAGAUUAACCUGACAAUAGAGGCAUAGCUAAACUAUUUAGUUAUUCAUCUUUCCCUAUCUAUCUUUAAAGUGUAAUGUAAAAUGCUUUUUUUAAUUAUUUUACUUACUUCACAAAAUUUGUUAAACUUAUCUGAUUGAAACACAUUGUUCAUCAGAUAAAUUUCAAUAUAACACUGGCAAUGUUAAGAAAGCCAAAUAAUUACCUAAAGCCAAAUGAACUGUGUUUUCAGCUGUGCAGAUAAAAACAUUUUGUUCUUUGUCUCUCCUGUGAUUUUUUUCCCCCAACAUAUUUUACAAAUGUGAUCAUUAUAUUUUAGAGACUAUUUGUUUUCCAGUUUUUGUCUUACACAUUAUAAUACAAGUGUGCAUACAUACUCACUUUCCUUGAAAAAAUAUUUUUCUUAUAUUAUAAAUCAUUUACAUGGUAUUGCUAUAUGUUGUUGAUAAAUACUUCUACAAACACUGAAAAACAUUAAUGUUGACUAUAAAGCUGUUUUAGCAUGAAUGAAAAGUAAAACGCUACAAUGAAUGCAAAAUUGAAUGCACUGAUAUUUAGGCAAAUGCUUUUUUUUCUAAUUAAAAGCAACUUAAAAUGAAGAAAUCAUAAUUUUAACAUAUUUUGUAAUGCAUUAUUGCCAUAUUAUUUUAUACAGUGUUGUGAAAAAGUGUCCUUUUACAGAUAUACUUUGUUUUGUCACUUUUUGUCAAAAGUUUCAGAUUAUUGACCUUAAUAAAGGCCUGUAAAGUCUGUAGUGCACUAGAUGUUUUUCUGGGUACUUUGGACAAAGACAACCUUACGAAAUGAAAAAAGCAGUUUGGAAUAAUUAUUGUUGAUCUUAUCAUUGUAUCAUAUUGCAAAUGGAUUUAAGUCUUGACUUUUGUUAGGCCGUUCUAAUUCAAGUUUUACUUAAGUUUAAGGCCAUGUUCAUUAUUCGUCAAAUAAAAAAAAGUAGACAGGACAUAAACGUGAUCGGUGUGAGAAUCCCAAGGCCAAAAUCCCUGUGACAAAAAAAGAGGUCUGUCUCACUUUUAUCAAAAAAGCAAAAAAACCUCUUAAUGAUCUCAGACCUUAGAGAAAAUAAAGAUCUGUCUUGCGUCGUUAGUCUAUACUGUAGACUAACGAGACAAAAAUAGUACUUUUUGUAACAUGUGCACGCUGUUACACUUGGUCUAAUAAAACAUGCAGCAUUUCUGAAAGGGAAUUACCAUCACAAAAAUCUCAUGGAGCGCUUCCAGCAACUAGCCCUUCUGCAUUAACCAUCAAUGCACUUUUGGGGUAUAAAGUUGGCCACUAUUUGGAAGAUUCACUACUGCUCAAUAUUUUGUCCGUUCGUAUGUUUUAGAUGUUUUCUAUUGUCUUGAUUUUGUCUUCUCUUUUCGCCCAAAAUACUGCUAAAUAAUGUUUUUUACAUCAACUCAUGCAAUAUUUACAAGUAUCAGAGGUGCGAAGGAUGAGUGGAGUGCCUUUUGCACCUCUACUGCCACAUGCACAUUGGGAACUGAUCCGUCCUUGUCUGCAUGAAAAUCUAUUUGACAGUUAUCCUCGCACUUUACGCGCUUAUAAC